CCUGUUUCGGUUUCAACACGUUGAUCGAUGGGCGUCUGCUUAAAAUGUACACCGUACGGAUGGCGUUAAGAUUUUAAACGUCAUGAAUUAUCAGUGUCGCAUUAAGGCCAUGACAUGUACGCACAUCACAGACUGCCUGCCUGGAUGCCGAGCUGCGAUGUUUUCUGUAUUAUAUCGUAGCCCCACGAACGAGUCGCAAAAAUAUUCCAGAAAACCGGUAAGUGAUAGUAAAACAGCUGAACCUAAACUAUGUUAAAUUAUAGUCAUUUCCUUCAGAACCUAGUAGUGCCACUACAAUCUUCAUCACAGAUAACAGACAUACAAAUCGCAGGGUGCAAUGAGAGUAAAAAAAUCAUGUACAUCUUGAAAAGUGAUCCCUAAGUAGAAGAUAUUUAGAUUUGAUAUUGGUACAUCUGUUCUCUGAACGAUAAAUGCGCUUUACUCCGUUAUUCCCACAUUUUGAGACGAACGGGCAAUGAAAAGCAAAUCGCCAUUCUACAAAACGUAAACAACAACGGGUUUGUGAUAGUUUCUACUUCAGUUUGUGCGAUGUGUGUAUGUCGUCUACAAUUUGCUCUCUGGAUAUCUAAAUCAGCGGUAUGGUGCCAACACAGUCGAAGGCAGCCCGUGCUAGUGGACUGAAUUUCAUUCACAGUAAGCUGGUGACGGCAUCGCGUAGUAGAAAUGUGUUGCUCAUAGUUGGUAUCUUGAGUGGUGGAAAUACAUAUGAUAAGGUUCUUCUUCUCAGUGAUAUUUUGAGUGGUGGAAUUACUUUGAUAAGGGGAUCCGACCUCAUCGUUUCGAUGAGGUAUUUCGUUCAGCAAUCGGUUUCUUUGGUGAUUGAUCUCAGUAAUGGAUCUAAACUUUAAAUGUCCACUGUGCGACAGCUACUUCGAGUCGCAAGAUGACCUCAGUGAACACGUGAAAGCGGCCCAUACUUCCUAUUACUACGACACGUUUUUGAUUCCGCCGAUUCUAAUUUAUCCUAGUGAAACCCCGCUGGUCGCAACUGAAACCACCGGAACUGUGAUUACAACUGAGCCAGUGCCAUCCCCUGAUGUGAUUAUAGAGCCCGUGGUUCCUGCGGAUGACGGAUGUUGCGAGUGUGACUGCUGUGACUGUGCUGGAGGUGGUGACGCUGCAGGAAACUCCAGCGGGGAUUGUGGAGACUGCGAUUGCGAUUGUGAUUGUGUGAUUAUGUGAAUAGUGAGGAUGAGCCAAACAGUAGUACCGAUAAAUGCUCCAUUGUUAUCCUUAA